AAACAAGAAGAAGAGUCAGAGCUGACAAUAUUUCGUUACAUUUCAGUGUCAAUAUCAUAUUACUUUAAAGAAGAUUUAUGUAUGUUGUGUAUAUUGUAUUUCUUUUUUCUUUUUUUAUGUGUAUAAUAUUUUUAAAGAAGAAAGAAAAUUAGAUAAUAAAUUAAUGUAUGUAAGUAUGCUUUGUAAUAGGUGUAAUUGAUGUAAGUAUGUGUGUUGAGGAUUGGAUUCUGCAGAAGGACAACGAUCCUAAACACCGCAGCAAGUUCUGUACCGAGUGGAAGAAGCAAUCUGGCAUCGUUACAUUGGAUGGCCGUCGCAGUCGUCCGAUGCAAAUCCUAUCAAAAAUGUUUGGGCAUAUAUUAAGCAGAAGCUUCGUGGAAAACGCACGCACACUUUGAAGGAAUUAUUUUGCGAGAUUUGUUGGAUCUGGAGAUCAUUGCCGUUAGAAUACGCCGUCAAUUUAGUCGAAAGCAUGCCUCGGAGAUGCCAGGCAAUUAUCGACGCUGAUGAUGAUUGGACGCAUUAUUAACAUAAUUGCAUCCUUCUUCUUAUCGAGUAUAAUGCAUAUAUGUAUAUAAAAAUUUUAUUUAAUAAGUUUUUUUAUAAAUUUAUCCGGCCACGCUCUUAUUUAACAGACUGUAUAUUCGUCAUUGUCAGUGUCAUUGUCAGAAGGAAAUGUUUGUAUGGAGGAAGAUUUAUCUCCUGGUCCAUCUUCGUUUGCUUCAGAGGCAGAUACCCUGCACAUCCCAUCGUCCGACACUUCGACACGAAAUGUCGAUGAGUCAACUGAUACGUAUGAAUUUAGUUACUAGUGCCUAAUAAUAAUUUAGCGAGAAAUGAUAAAUGAUAAUGGAUUCGACAUCAAAUUGAUGGGUCAUUUCUCUAUGGGUCAUUGUUUUUAAUUAAAUGAUCUCUUGGAUAUCUCAUAGAGAGUGACAAGUCUUUAUUCAUAUGAUCUUCGAAGAAAGUAUAUUUGCUCUUGAAAAGAUAUAAGGAAUGGAUGAAUGAGUUCUCAUCAGGUACAAAACGUCAUUCAAAAAUCUGGAAUAGCAUUGCAAGCGACAUGAACAAAAUUGAUUCAAGAAUUACAGUGUCAGGCACACAAAGUCAGUCAAAAAUGAACAGCAUGAAAAAAAUGUAUCGAAAAAUCAUAGACCACAAUAGCAUAUCAGGAAAUAAUCAAAAGUCAUGGCAAUAUUUUGAGAAAAUGUAUGAAUUAUUCGGAAAAUCAGGAUGGGCCAAUCCGAAAGCAAUAGCAACAGAGGCUGGACUUUCAUCCUCGGCAAGUUUAACAGAUGAGAAUAUAAAUAUUAUAAGAAAUGUCUGCCACUAAGAAAUCAAAAUCUGAAAAAGUUCUAGAAGAAUUUGUGAAGCAAAUGAAACAAGAUAGACAGGAGAGAGAGAAGAGAAAAGAGGAAAGAAAGCUAGUUGAACUGCAAGAACUAAAAGAGCAAAAAGAAAAACAACAUAAAGAAAAAAUGGAUGUAUUGAAAAAAUUUGCGAAGCUAUUUCAGGGAAAAAAUUAUUUGACUAACUACUCUUAUAUGAAAAAUGUUACGUCCUUUGAUUUUAUUAUACUUUUAUUUUUAUUAUUACACUCACUUUUAUUAUAAUUUCUUACAAAUUUAUGUACCUGUUCCAAUUUACGACUGUACUGAUUUAUGUGAUACUAUUGUGAAAUUAGCUCUACGUUUCGUAAAUGUAAUUAUCAAUAUCGUUUAGUAAGUUUAGAUUAAAAGUCUAAUUCACAUACUGGUAUAUUUUUAUGUUUAAAUAUAAAAGCAUUACACUAGGACAGACGCAUAGAAAUAAAAAGCCUUAGGGCUAAAAUAAUUUAAUUCAUAUACUUACAUAUUUAUAGUUUAUAAGGAAUUUAUAAGGGUUAAUAAAAAGAUAUAUUACACUUAAAAAAAAGCAUAUUAAUUGUAUCUCAUAAUUAAGCUAUUCAUUAUUCUUUGUCGUUUUCUAUUGCCAUUAUUCACUCUAUCUGAUAUCAAUCUAUCAUACUGAAUAUUUUGGCUUGGCAUCACAUUGAUAUCAAUUAAAUCCUUAUUUAAAAUGCAAAUAUUAUGCAAGACAGUAGUUGCUAUUAAAUAUUCCGGUAUUUUCUCUAAUGUAAUCAUAGGCAAGCAGUCUAAAACACUCCUCCAGCGCGUUUUCCAGAUACCAAAGGCUCUUUCAAUCACAAUUCGGGCUGGAGAUUGACAAAAGUUGAGAUUCUUUUGCCUAUGACUCAAAUAACCAUUAUCCUUAAACGUAAUCAUAAUAUUUGGAUAGAUACCAUAUGCAGCGUCACCAACAAGGUAAUUUGGAAAGUAAAUUUCUGGUUGCUCUAAAAGUACCGAGCCACUGGGGAGAUUCUAAACACUCGAGCGUCAUGCACUGAUUCAGAGUUACCAAUGAAAACGCUUGUGAAUAAUAAAUUUUGUAUACACACAGCCUGAGAAGAAAAUAAAAUUCACAUUUUACAACACUACGUCCAUUAGAGGCCUAAUAAACUUCCUUAGCUCCAUUGGAGGUUUACCUCCAUUGCAGAAGUUAGAUAGACGUCCAUUAGGGAUCCAGUAAACUUCCAUGGCUCUAUUGGAGGUUUACCUCCAUGGCGGAAGUUAAUAGACA